UGGAGGAUGGGUAAUGUAGUCUUGACUCUUGGUUAACAGUGUUGGAGGAUGGGUAAUGUAUUGAUGCUCGAGUGCUAAUUCAACAUAAAUGGACAAGAAAAGUUCUAAGCCAUCAGGGAAAAGAGGAAAGAGGAGAAACGCGCUGAAGAUAAAGGAAGCUGAUCUAGCAGAAGGCCCAGUCCACAGCCAGCUAGGCAGGAUGACAGAGGGGGUGGAGUUGGAGGCCAGACAGAACCAGUCCCACAGGACCCAGAGGACCAGACAGAACCAGACCCAGGGCGACACAGUCCUGCUGAGGAGGGGUAGUGGAGGAGAGGGCCCCCAGGGGCCUAAGGGACCCGAGGUUAGGGCAGAGAGGUCCAGGGGGUCUGAGGUUAGGGCAGAGGGGUCCAGGGGUUCCAAGGUUGGAGCAGAGGGGUCCAGUGGGUCAGAGGAUGUGGUAGAGACACGGACGUCUCAGGACUGGACCGGGGUGAACCACAGUACUGUGAGGAGGAGCACAGACAGUGACUCAGAGGAGCAAGAGGAAAACGAGGAGGAGGAGGAGGAGGAGGGUUCCCUCCAACACCACCACCUUCAUGGGUUACCACCCCACAAUGGCCCAACUGGAGAACCAGGGGCUGGGCUGUCUAGGAACGGGUAUGCCCAACAGGUGGCCCCGGAUGGGGGCUGGGGCUGGGUAGUCCUGGUGGCUACUAUCCUGGUCCUGGCUCUAACGCUGGCCUUCCCUUCCUGUAUUGGCAUCUUUUACACGGAGCUACAGGCUGAGUUCAGCUCCAGCAACACAGAGACGUCCUGGGUGCCUGCUAUCAUGACUGCUGUGCUGCACGCUGGUGGUGAGGAUGCUUCUGUCAAUGUACAUUCAGGUCCACUAUGCAGCGUGCUCGUGGAACGCUUUGGUUGCCGGGUAACGGUGAUGGUGGGAGGGGUUCUGAGUGGACUAGGCAUGGUGGUCAGCGCCCUGGCCAGAACCAUCACAGAACUCUACAUCACCAGCAUCAUCGCAGGGUUGGGGUUCUGCCUGUCCUUCCAGCCCUCUGUGACCAUGAUGGGCCACUACUUUUUGAGGCGGCGGGCGUUUGCCAACGCCCUGUCGUCCACCGGCACGGCCCUGGGCCUCAGCACCUUACCCCUGCUGGCCAACUUCCUGCUGGGCCAGUUUGGCUGGAGAGGCAGCUUCCUGGUCCUGGGAGGGCUGCUGUUGAACUGCUGUGUGUGUGGGGCUGUCAUGAGGCCCCUGGGGGCCAAACACAGUGGAGCCCAGAGGACACUCACUAACAAGGCUGCCCAGGGGCUCAGCAAGCAACCAAUCAAAGGUCCUCUCCAACAGGAGAAGGAGGGAAUUAAGACAAGACUUAGGACAGUGUUCAGUGACCUUGUCGUGUUCCUACGGAGACACAUGGCCUUUGACCUGUUGGUCAGUAACCCUCGUUACCGUGCCUACGCCCUGGGAGUGACGUGGAUGAUGUUGGGGUUUGUAGUUCCCCUAGUCUACCUGGUGCCCUAUGCUACAGCCAAUGGUAUGGAACAGGACCGAGCCGCUCUACUGAUGGCCGUACUGGGCUUGGUUAACAUUGCUGUGAGACCCGUGGCGGCUGUCUUCUUCGGCCUGCCGCGCUUCAGGGGCAGUGGCUGUUUUGUGUAUGUGUUUGCGGUAGCCCUCCUGGUCAACGGGCUGAGUAACAGUAUCUGUGGUGCGGCCGCCACCUUCCCCGUGCUCCUGAUCUACGUGGUCAUCUUUGGUCUGUCCAUGUCUGUGAUUGGCUCUCUGCUCUUCACGGUGCUAAUGGAGACGGUGGAGAUGAGCCGGUUCCCCUCUGCCCUGGGUCUCAUCAGUAUGUUAGAGAGUGGAACACUGCUGAUUGGCCCGCCGCUCGCAGGCAUGUUGGUGGACAGUACAGGACACUACUCUUAUGUGUUCUAUGCCUGCAGUGUGACCGUCACCUCCUCUGGCCUCUUCCUCAUCGCAGCGUUCUACUAUCUGGACAGACAGAAGAAGAGGGAAGAGAAGAAGAGAGCAGGUCCUCCUGCUGCUGCGUACCAACAGAAGCCUGCUAUCAGCCUAGUCCCUGACUGCCAGUACAACCAUGUUCCUUCUACACAGGGAGGGAGAUCAGCGGACACUGUUUGUGUCACCAACGUGUGACUUACUAAUAUGCACGUGUGUAACCCAGUAAGACAAACUGUCUACCUGCCUGCCUUUAGAAUUACAUCUAGAAUGAGAAUGAAGUAAGGAGGUAGCCUUCCAUGAGCCUUGGCCUGUAGGAGCUGCAGCUUAUCACAGGAACCGCUCACUGUGUAACGCCUCACUAUGAGGAAUCAAUGAAGGAUCUCUGUGGUGUCUGCUGUCUUCAGAGGGAAGAACUGGGAGGUUACACAUACACUACUGUUAUCAUCACUGUGAUUCCUAUGUAUCUACAUACAUAAACAGGCAUUCACAACACAGGGUUUGCACACAGAUUUAGUCUCUCUCUCUCUCUCUCUCUCUUUCUCUCUCUUUCUUUCUCUAUUUCUCUUUCUCUCACACGGCCCACUAGUAGACGCUACAGUAGGACUGUCUAA